AAACUCCAAUUUAUUUGAUUCUCCUAAUGCCUCAACAACCACCACCACCACCACCUCUAUAUUAACUAAUGUCUUCUCUCUGCAGUAGUAUCACUUACACAUGAUUAACUAAGCCGAAAGCCAUCAAUGCAAUUCUCCGUCGCUUUCCUCCUAUCUCUCCUCCUUCUCUCCUCCGCUCAACAACUACCCCCUCCGGCUGCUCAGCCACCUUCAAUCGCAUGCAAGUCCACCCUCUACCCAAAACUUUGCCGUUCCAUCCUCUCCGCCUUCAAAUUCCCCCCCUCCGACCCUUACCACUACGGCAAGUUCACCGUCAAGCAAUGUCUUAAGCAAGCUCGUCAACUCUCAAACAUCAUCAACCACUACCUCGCUGGCCACCCCCGCGCCGCCGCCAUGUCCCCUUUGGAAACCCUAGCAAUGCAGGACUGCGGUCAGCUGGCGGAGCUCAACGUGGGUUAUUUAGAGAGGAUCUCGUCCGAGCUGAAGGCGGCAGAGGCGAUGAAGGGCGAGUUGGUGGAUGAAGUCACGAGUCUGCUAAGUGGGGUAGUUACGAACCAACAGACGUGCUAUGACGGGCUCGUGGACUCGAAGAGUAGGUUCGCGAGUGCGUUGGGCGCGCCGUUGGGGAACAUGACUCAGUUGUACAGUGUGUCUCUGGCGUUGGUAACGAACGCAUUGGACCGGAAUAUAAAGAAAAGGAAGCACCAGUUUUUGACAAAACCUAGUGGGGUUCGUCAACCGCUCGAAACUCUAAUCAAGGCUCUUCGGAAAUCGUCACGACGGAGUAGCAGCGGUGAACGGGUGCUCUCUGAAUUAUCCGGCCACGGAAUUCUUAUAAACAAUACUGUUAUUGUUAGCCCCGAUGGCAAUCACACGUUCACGAACAUCAGCGACGCCAUUGCGUCAGCACCGAGCGAUUCGGAGCCUGGAAAUGGCUAUUUCGUGGUGUAUGCAAGAGAAGGAUACUAUGAGGAGUACGUCGUCGUCCCAAAAGACAAGAAGAACAUCCUGCUCAUCGGAGAUGGCAUAAAUAAGACCAUUAUCACCGGAAGUCACAAUAGGGUCGAUAACUGGACAACUUACAAUUCCUCAACCUUUGCUGUUUCCGGGGAGAGAUUUGUUGCUGUCGAUAUUACAUUCAGGAACACAGCAGGACCAGAGAAGCACCAAGCGGUGGCCGUGAGGAACAGUGCCGACUGCUCCACCUUUUACCGCUGCCGUUUUGAAGGAUAUCAAGACACUCUUUACGUCCACUCUCUCCGUCAAUUCUACAGAGACUGCGACAUCUACGGGACCGUUGAUUUCAUCUUUGGAAACGCCGCCGCAGUAUUCCAAAACUGCAACUUAUACGCGCGGAAACCCCUUCCGUACCAGAAAAACGCUUUCACGGCGCAGGGCAGAACUGACCCCUAUCAGAACACUGGCAUUUCAAUCCAGAACUGCACGAUCAAUGCUGCACCCGAUUUGAACAUGAACUUGAGUUUCGCACCAAGUUAUCUGGGUCGACCGUGGAAGGCGUACUCUAGGACUGUAUUCAUGGAGUCAUUCAUCGGCGAGGUGAUCCAUCCGGCGGGGUGGCUUGAGUGGAAUGGGACAGACGGGCUGGACACGUUGUUUUACGGGGAGUUUGCGAAUUACGGACCGGGGGCGAAUACGAGCAUGAGGGUGCAUUGGCUGGGAUAUAAAGUGAUGGAUGCUGCGCAGGCUGUGAAUUUUACCGUGUUUAACUUCACCAUGGGAGAUGCUUGGUUGCCCGAUACAGAUAUCCCCUUUUUUGGAGGAUUGUUCUAAUUAAGAAGUUGAGUCAAUUAACUCCGUCCAUUUGAUUACGAUGUAAAUUGCAAAAGUUUAAGAUUGCACUACGUGUGAAAUAUUUUUAAAUGGAGAUAAUUUUGCCAUGUCAAAAAUAUAAUUUUAGGUCUUAUAACAUAUCACAUGCCAAAUAUAAAGAAAAAGUUGAA